UGUCAUCAUAACAUUUUCUCCUGCACUAGUUACAUCAGCACAAACUUAGUAAGGUUAUGUUAGAGUUUCUUUUUAGCGCUUUUCAAUAUUUCAGCGUUAUUUAGUUCCAAAAAUAUCUCAGAUACAAUAAAAGAGAAUUAAGAGCUGAGGAUGGCGAAAAGAACGCGACCGGAUGAGGAUGUCACUACUACCUUCAUCAGCUCUAUGACUACGCCUAGAGAGAUCAAAAAGCCCAUAGCAGUUCAGGAAAAGAAGAAGGAAGAAGAGAGAUUGGCCGAUGACUACGAGAUAUUAUACGACCCGGAAACCGACAAGAAUCAUCCUCUCGAGAAGUUCAGGCGGAAUCGUGUUUAUAAGUUGCUUAUAACCAGAGAAAUAGCCCGUUACUUGGAUCGAAGGACCUUCGUCACCGUGUCCUUCAGAGAAGCGAUCAUCUACAUUAUCUUCUUGGUCUUAAUUACUUUAAUUACACUGGGCUCCACGCCCCUCGACAUGUUCUACUUCUCACAAGCCAUGGAGACACUGUACACGAAGCAAGAGUUCGAGGGAGACUAUGGAGCUACGAAAACUUUCUACGAAAUCAACACAAAGAGUGAAGUCUGGAAGUAUCAGAUGAGCAUUUUACAUAACUUGUACCAUGACUUUUGGUACUCAAAACCAGAUCCAUAUGAAAAUCCAGAAUCCACGCAAGAAAAUUAUUUUGAAAACAAGUUGAUUGGAAUGCCUCAAAUACGACAGGUACGGGUUGGCAAUGGAACCUGUGAAAUGCAAGAUUCUUUUAAGGAUAAGUACAAACUUUGUUACGGACCAUAUUCUUCAAUUAAUGAAGCAACUGAUGAUUUUGGAACCAGUGAAGAGUGGAAGUACAAAACCGCAGAAAAUUCAAGUACAGCGUCAAUAGAGGGCAUCCUGACAAACUACAAUGGAGGAGGGUACGUUGCACUUCUUCAGAACAUAGACACCAAGUCCGAACAAACUAUUUUGAAACUACGGAAUGGCAAAUGGAUAGACAGAAGCACGAGAGCAAUGUUUAUUGAGUUUACCAUCUACAAUGGAAAUAUAAAUUUGUUUUGUACAUUCAAAAUUAUAUUUGAGUUCCCACCAUGUGGCGGAGUGAUCCCUUCACAUUGGAACUAUGUGCAAAAAUUUAUCAAGUACAACGACUCCUAUGACAUGUUCAUCUUUUUUUGUGAAAUUGUAUUUUGCAUAUUUGUUAUUUUCUACACAUUUCAAAAACUGGCUGAGAUAGUUACUUUGAGACUGAAACUGUUAAAGUCAUUCUGGAAUUGGAUUGAUAUCAUUAUUCUCGUUGCAUGCUACAUGGUGGUAAUACUGGACAUAUUAUUGUAUGUGGAAGUCCAUGAGAGUUUGCCUGAGUUGGUAUCGGUAAAAAAUCAGUGGAACUAUGCCAGCUUCGAUCAGAUGUUCUACAUACAUAUACUCUACAGUUAUAGCUUUGCAGUUCUAAUUGCAUUUGCCUUCUUCAAACUUCUUAAAUAUUUGAGCAUAGUGUAUGUCAUGCAUCAGUUACAGAGCACCAUUUCAAGGGCCAUCCCAGAUAUUAUCAACUAUUCCAUUUUAUUCUUGUAUGUAUAUUUUGCAUUUGCUCUUGUCGGACAUUUCUUAUUUGGCAGUCAAAUGGAAGACUACAAAUCAUUUCCAAUGGCUGUGUUUGCUCUGAUGAGAUCUUCUGUAGGAGAUUUCAACUACUACAAACUCGUACAAGCAGAUCCAUUUUAUGGUCCUAUAUUCUUUUUCGCCUUUAUAUUCUUCAUUGCAUUUAUUUUAGUUAACGUCUUCCUUGCAAUUCUCGUUUCCAAAUACGAAGAAGUACGGAGUGAAGUAAGGAUUGGGGGAGCAAAGACAUUCAUUGGGGAGAUGAUAUCAUUCUGGGCCAUUCGACUUCUGGAGAAAGCUGAGUGUAAUUGGCUUCUUUCACAGAUUGAAAGAAAGCGCUUUGAGAAGAAAGUAAGAUCACCGACGGAAGCAAUUCGCCAAUAUUUGCGCCAAGCUGGUUAUUCUGAACUUGAAAUCGAAUUAUUCUUCAAAAAGUAUGACAUUACAGACUCAAAAAUUGCAGCGAUGGAUGAAGAUAAGUUUAGCUACAGACAAGGAGAAAGAGAAGCACCUCCACCACUUACACAGAAGGAUAUAUUGCGAUACAUUGUUAUACAGAAAUUGGAAUACCUUGAGAACCACUACCAAGCUGCAAACAGACUGAUAGAUGAAUUUCUUUCCAAACUAUCCAAGUUUGAAGGAAGACGUUAAUAAUUAAUUAUGUUUUAGCCAAUACUUUGAGUAUAUGACAAAAGCUAAAUGAAAAAAGCAUGUCAUUAGCAUGUUGAAUCUUUCUAAUCAACAUUCUACUUUUUUCUGUUUAUUUUUAGUAUUUACGCAAGUGUUCAUUUUGUAACAGUAAUUGUUAAACAAAUAAAUUUGUUCAGAAGUAA